AUGUGUGUUCAAGGAACAGUGUUGUCAACGUUUGGUGCCGGACGUUCUUUGGAGGAGAAUCGUGGUCACGGACAAAUAUACGUGGCUUUCUCCCGAGUGAGGACGCCAGUCGGACUGAAGGUCGAUACUCUGCAUGCUUCAAUGAAGAGGAUUGCGUACGACGAAGUUCUGGCAAAAAUCAUUAUGCGAAUGGAAAGACCAAAUAAAAUAUUUCAAUGUACUGCGGAAAGAAUCGUACUCAGUUUUCAGAGGUGGGCUCUCUAUUUUACUUUCUCGCGCUUUUCCUUUAUCUCGAGAAGCGGACGCUGGCAGAAAAAAAUUAUUGAGUAUCUACCAAGACUGCAGUUCCUUGAAAAAUUUGGAUGCAUUGUGGAGUUUCUCGAGGGAUUUCUCUGUGCAAAACUCAGGGAAAAAGAAUACUUUUGCUAUUUCUUGUUACUUGUUCCAUGCUAA